ACACCUGUUCCACCCACACUUAAAUCCCUUCCAUCCAUCAUACAUCCUUUGCCAUAUCGUGCAUCCACCCCCUACCGACCUAUUUCUGAAGUUUGAAAUCGUUACCAUCGUUCUUCUCUGAGAUAUCUCCAAUUCAAGAAAAGUGUAUCAAAGAAACACAACGUUAAUUUCAGCCAGUUCCAUCGCCGAAUCUCGUUUUCCGGCAACCGCUUCGAAACUCGCAUCGCCUUCUGUGUCCGGACCGGACUCAAAUUUUGAAUUUCGCUCGCCGACGACGCAUCUCCAUCCGAUGUCCACAACUUCCCCUGACCAAUUUGCGGCCAUGCAGGCCCAAAUUAAUUACCUGACUGCGCAAGUCACUACGCACCGUACUGAACUCGACCAGAUCCGCCACCUACUCGAAGAAAAUCAGCAACUCCGUAAUGAAAAUGCCCAGUUGAAAGCCCAACUUGCUGCCGCUACCGCUAGCGUUUCCACUUCCUACUCCAAGCCUACUGUAUCCACUUCUGCCCCUAAUACUGAGACUGCAACCCGCCCAACUUCAACCCCUUCUGCACCCAUGGGUUCUGACGCCUCGCAGUGGGCUACAGUCACCAAAAAGUACCGUCCUGUCCGACCUAAACCUAAGCCCAAAACUCGGGCUUCAGAUGCUCGCACCUUUCAGAUUACCGACGGCCCAAGUGGCUUCCAGUACUUGUAUAUUCCUCGAUCUCGCCGCCUUACCCGCCACGAAACCCGUACCCGUCUUCGCCGUCUGGGCGUUGAUCCAUACCGUGUGCUUGACAUCACUUUCCCCGCUCGUUCUGUUGUCGGCCUCCUGAUCCAUGUGCAAUACCGUGCGCUCGUAGAGGAGACCCUCGGUCAGCAUAAUAUCCUGGUGAUCCACGACUUUGAUCCCUGUGACCCCAUCCACAUGGCUGAUCCUGAAGUCAAGCAGAUGUCCCUCGCAGAUCAACAAGCGUUUGCUGAGUCUCUCCAUUCUGCACGAUGCGAAAAAGCAGUGCUCCGUCUUCCAUAUCACCUUGCCUCCCCCAUUGCCCGCUCUUUCCUGGAAGCCAACAUUUUCGAUACUGAUGAUGUCUCUCGUCUUCUGAGUCGCUGUCGUGGUGCUCCUGUGCCCCCUACCAACACUGAUACUACCGAGAAAGACGACACUGAUCCUGAUACUGAUAUGGCCGACGCCAAACAUGAACGCGCACCUGCCAGCAAUGGCAAGCUUUAA